AUGACCCCAUGGACUGCAGCACACCAGGCUUCCCUGUCCUUCACCAACUCCCGAAGCUUGCUCAAACUCAUGUCCAUUGCGUCGGUGAUGCCAUCCAACCAUCUCAUCCUCUGUUGUCCCCUUCUCCCGCCUUCAUUCUUUCCCAGCAUCGGGGUCUUUUUCAAGGAGUCAGUUCUUCACAUCAGGUGGCCGAAGUAUUGGAGUUUCAAUUUCAGCAUCAGUCCUUCCAAUGAAUAUUCAGGACUGAUUUCCUUUAUGAUUGGCUGGUUUGAUCUCCUUGCAGUCCAAGGGACUCUCAAGAGUCUUCUCCAACACCACAAAAACAAAAGCAUCAAUUCUUUGGUGCUCAGCUUUCUUUAUAGUGCAACUCUCCUAUCCAUACAUAUGGAAAAACCAUAG